AUCUCUUUCUCUCUCACACACAAACACACACUGUACGCAUAUUCCAUCAGCUACUUUUCUCAAAUUGUUUUUGGAACUUUCUAUCAAAAUAUCUGCUACAUUUUGGCUAUUAAUACAUUUAUAAUUUGUCACUAAAUCCUCAGGUUUUGAAGCUGCAUUGCAAUUGCUAAGAGAGUUUUGUCUUUUCUCUUGUGAAUUGGAGAGAUUGGUUGAUUGAUUGAUUUCACCUAUAUAAAGUAGAGUAGCCUCUGGUAAUUCCAGGGAUGGAGACUACCACAAAAGUCAACGGUGUUGCUAAACCUAAGACCUCUGAAAAGAUUCCUGUUGCUGCUCAUCCGCUAGCAGAAGAUCCAACAGAUAUUGCUUCCAAUAUCAAGUAUCAUGCUCAAUACAGUCCACAUUUUUCUCCUGUCAAGUUUGAGCCCGAGCAAGCGUAUUAUGCAGCAGCAGAAAGUGUUCGUGACCGCCUGAUACAACAAUGGAAUGAGACCUAUUUGCACUAUCACAAAGUCGACCCAAAACAAACAUACUACCUAUCUAUGGAGUUUCUCCAAGGACGGGCAUUGACUAACGCCAUUGGGAACCUGGAUAUUCAAGAUGCAUAUGCCAGUGCUUUGAAUAAGCUGGGUCAUGAACUUGAAGAAAUCACUGAGCAGGAGAAAGAUAUGGCACUUGGCAAUGGUGGUUUGGGGAGGCUUGCAUCUUGCUUUUUGGACUCAAUGGCAACAUUAAAUUUGCCAGCAUGGGGGUACGGGCUAAGGUACAGGUAUGGACUCUUCAAGCAGAGGAUCUCUAAAGCUGGCCAAGAAGAGAUGGCAGAAGACUGGCUUGAGAAAUUUAGCCCUUGGGAAGUUGUCAGACACGAUGUCGUGUUUCCGGUCAGAUUCUUUGGCCAUGUCGAAGUCCUCCCCACAGGAUCUCGAAAAUGGGUUGGCGGAGAGGUUCUACAAGCUCUAGCGUAUGACAUUCCAAUUCCGGGAUACAAAACUAAGAAUACCAAUAGUCUUCGCCUUUGGGAGGCCAAAGCUAGUGCUCAAGACUUCAACCUGUUCCAAUUUAACGAUGGACAGUAUCAGUCUGCUGCUGAACUGCAUGCUAGAGCUUCACAGAUUUGUGCUGUACUCUAUCCUGGAGAUGCUACGGAGGAAGGAAAACUUCUUCGACUGAAACAACAGUUUUUCCUAUGCAGUGCCUCACUACAGGAUAUUAUCGCCAGAUUUAAGGAAAGAAAAGACGGAACGGGUGUGCGUGCGUGGUCAGAGUUUCCAACGAAAGUGGCAGUGCAACUGAAUGACACACAUCCCACUCUUGCAAUACCGGAAUUGAUGAGAUUGUUGAUGGAUGAAGAAGGAUUAGGAUGGGAUGAUGCUUGGGAUGUUACUUCAAAGACAAUUGCUUACACGAACCACACUGUUCUGCCCGAGGCAUUGGAGAAAUGGUCACAAGUAGUGAUGUCGAAGCUUCUUCCUCGCCACAUGGAAAUCAUAGAAGAAAUUGAUAAACGAUUCAUUGCAAUGAUAAAAUCAACACGUCCCGACCUUGAGAGUAAGAUUAAUGAUAUCCGCAUUCUGGAUCACAACCCGAAUAAACCCGUUGUACGCAUGGCAAACUUGUGUGUCGUCUCUGGGCAUACGGUUAAUGGUGUAGCACAGUUGCACAGUGAUAUCUUAAAAGCCGAGCUGUUCGCCGAUUAUGUUUCCAUAUGGCCAACUAAGUUCCAAAACAAGACCAAUGGCAUAACACCUAGAAGGUGGCUCAAAUUCUGCAGCCCUGAACUUAGUUUAAUUAUAACAAAGUGGCUGAAAACCGACAAAUGGGUGACUAACCUAGACCUACUUGUGGGUCUGCGGGAGUUUGCUGACAAUCCAGAACUUCAAGCUGAAUGGGACUCGGCUAAGAUGGCCAACAAGCAGAGAUUGGUGCAGUACAUAUCGCGUGUAACAGGCGAAAGCAUUGACCCAAAUAGCCUUUUUGAUAUUCAAGUGAAACGAAUCCACGAGUAUAAAAGACAGCUGUUAAAUAUUUUGGGUGCGGUUUAUCGGUACAAAAAAUUGAAGGAAAUGAGCCCUGAAGAGAGGAAAACCACGACCCCAAGGACCAUCAUGAUCGGAGGAAAAGCGUUUGCAACAUACACAAAUGCCAAAAGAAUAGUGAAGCUUGUGAGUGAUGUUGGUGCUGUUGUUAACACUGAUCCUGAAGUCAAUGAUUACCUGAAGGUGGUUUUUGUGCCUAAUUAUAAUGUAUCUGUAGCUGAGGUUCUUAUACCAGGAAGUGAGCUGUCACAGCAUAUUAGCACAGCUGGCAUGGAAGCUAGUGGUACAAGUAACAUGAAAUUUGCACUUAAUGGGUGCUUAAUUAUAGGAACAUUAGAUGGUGCUAAUGUUGAAAUCAGAGAAGAAGUUGGAGAAGACAACUUUUUCCUCUUUGGAGCAACGGCAGAUCAAGUCCCCCAGCUCAGGAAAGACCGAGAGAAUGGACUGUUCAAACCGGAUCCUAGAUAUGAAGAAGCUAAGCAAUUCAUUAGAUCAAAGGCAUUUGGAAGCUAUGAUUAUGAACCGCUUCUCGAUUCUUUGGAAGGGAACUCUGGGUACGGCCGUGGUGACUACUUUCUUGUUGGUCAAGACUUCCCAACCUACAUAGACACACAAGCUAAGGUGGAUGAAGCAUACAAGGACCGGAAGAGAUGGAUAAAGAUGUCCAUUUUAAGCACUGCAGGAAGCGGGAAGUUUAGCAGUGACCGAACAAUCUCUCAGUAUGCAAAGGAGAUCUGGAACAUAGAGGAGUGCCCUGUGCCAUGAUUGCGCGCAUAUCUCCAAUGGGAAGGUUGGAUAUGAUAAUAAGUUUGAUGUUUAUAUUAUUUGUGUUUAUUGUCCUUGCAAUAUUUUUCGGCAUUAUGUAAAAAUCAUGCACUUGUUAUAACUUAUUAUACACGUAAUUUGUUAUUUACACUUGAUAUAUCUUUUA